AUGGGUGUCCGAGGAACAGCCGGUGUCGACCAAGGCCGCCAUGGGAAAACCCUAAGCUUUAAAUGGAUGAAACCCAUGUUGGAAGCUGAAUCAAUCGCCACCGACAUCAAAUCUGCAGCUCUGGGGAAUUUGGUUGGCCGUGCUUCGAGCUUUCCUUCUGGAAUGAAGGCGUUGGCAGAUUAUGUACAUCACAAAGGCCUUAAACUUGGAAUUUACUCUGAUGCCGGGGGUAAAGAAGAUCCUGCAACUUGGGCAAAGACAGUUGGGAAUAGUUGGAGAACAACUGGGGACAUCGGUGAUAAUUGGCACAGCAUGAUAUCUCGUGCCGAUACUAAUGACAAGUGGGCAUCUUAUGCUGGACCUGGAGGCUGGAAUGUACAGGUUUGGGCGGGUCCUUUGAGUGGGAAGAGGGUUGCAGUGUUGCUGUUGAACAGAGGGAACUCCGUAGCCUCAAUAACUGCACGGUGGUCCGACAUUGGCCUCCACAACGACGCCGUCUUCCAUGCAAGAGAUCUCUGGAAGCACUUAACGAUUGCAUCGGUGAAGGGGCAAAUCUCAGCUAAAGUGAGAUCUCAUUCCUGUAAGAUGUAUGUCCUCAGUCCCAACUAA